AUGAGCCGUAGUCGCGCGACUGCAGUCGGAUAUACACCGUUACAUAUUUCCGCCCAAUUCGGCCACAAAGACGUCUUCAAACUUCUUAUUGAAGUAUAUAAAGCCGAUCCUAAUAUACGCGAUUACAGUGGUAAAACUGCGGAUUAUUAUUUUUUCGUGAAAGAUCAAAAAGAAGGACAAGGUGUUACAUUGCGCAAAAUAAAAGGACGAAAAAAACAAUCUGAUAAAGAUUUGGGGUUUCUUCGUAUUGGAUCUCUUAAUGUUCGUGUGAAGAAAACGACAGAAGCUUUUAGCAAUUUUCUUGGAGUCGGUAGUGGAAGUGUAACUCCUUUGGAUUCUGUUAACGAAAAAGUACUUAAAGGCUGGGUUUCGGCAGAUAAUGUUAAUAAGGAAGUCAUGGCAGCGCCAAAAGCUUACACUUCGAAGAAGAAAUAUAAAAAAGGUUUUGAAUCUGGAGGUAGCAGCACGCCUAGUACACCGAAAACUCCAACGAAGAGCUUCAGAUCGCUUAACUACGAUUCAGAUUCUGAUACUGCAGCUGGAUUUGAUUCCAACUGGAAACAAUAAGCAAAUUGUGAUCGCGGAUCUUCCAAAAAAAUUAUAUUUUAAUUGUAAUAUAGUUUUUUUAAACGAA